AUGUUCGCCUCGCGCGCGCGCUCGAUCGCGCGCGCGUUCACCCGCGCGCGCGCGCUCAUCGCGCUCGCGUGCGUCGCGCGCGUCGCGCUCGCGCGCGCCGACGAAACGGCGCAAGAUGUCGACGCGCACGCGACGUGGCUCCGACGCGAAUUGCCGCGGUAUCGCGCGCGCGCGGCGUCGUGCGUCGCGUGCCAGCGCGUGCUCGCGCACUUUGACGAACACCUCGUGCUCGCGCUUCAAGACAUCACGAACGCGGAGCGACGGAAGGCGACGAGCGCGACGGGGGAAAGGCGAUUCGACGCGGCGCGGUACGGCGCGUACGAGAGCGUCAUCGAAGAGGCGGUGCCGCGAGCGUGCGCGACGACGAGCGUGGCGUUGAAUCGAACGCUGCGCGUCGCGUGCGAGAGGAUGAUCGAAAGAAGCGAGGAUGAGGUGGUGAAGUUGUAUUACGAGGUCGGGAAGGCUAUGGAAAGAGGAGAGAAGGAAGCGGAUUUGGGGGAGGCGCUGUGCGGGGCGAACGGCGCGAUGGGCGGCGCGUGCGAGGACGCGGAGACGGCGGCGUGGACGGUGUCGGAGUUGGAGGCGCUGGAGACGGCGGCGAUGAAGGUUUCGAGGGAAGACUUGAAUCCGUGGGACACCGCGCCGGGACACGAGGGCGAGUUCCUGAGCGAGCCCGAGUACGCGGCGCCGAAGAAGGGGGAGGUGGCCAGAAUCGUUGCGUCGGAUUUUUAUAAGCGCAUCAUUUUGGAGAGAGACAUCGACGCGGUGGUGUACUUUUCGUAUCCGACGAAGGCCAAGGAGUUUCACGAGGCGUAUGAGCAGACGCACGCGCUUCUCGCCGAAGUCCUGGAGGAUGCGAAAGAUUUGAUCAUCGCCCAAAUAGACGUCGAGAAGAACGACGUGCCACCUCCGUACGCCGACAUGGCGACGACGCCGUGCGUGCUGUUGUACCGGGCGAAAAAGAAGGAGAACCCGAGAUGGGUCCCCUUGCGCACGGAGGCGGGAGAGUACAUCACGGGCGAGUCUGCGCCCACACUCGCAGACGUGUUGACCAUGGUGAGCAAGAACGCAAAAACAAAGAAGACAAAACGCGAAGCCGACAAAGCCUUGGUCGAGGCCUCGGCGGAGGAAUUGCACUCGAAUCGCGCGAAGGAUGAUGAACUGUAG